UAAACAGCUCUUCUUUGGCCUUUUGCCUGACUCGAUGCAAUUGGAAUUGUAUCCUACCUCUUUGGCCGACUCCAGAGCAAGAUACGACACGCUACGGUCAAAGUACCUGGUAGCUCCGGACGGACGAUGGGCUGCAGAUUGCUCAGCUCCCCGAGGAGCGGUAUAUUCGGCAUCAACUGCGCAUUCAGAGGCGGAUCGGUCAACGAGGCAAUCUCCAUCACUACAUCAAGGUCCUCCUGCCUCGCCAGGAUCUUGGGACCCUCUCAGUCUUUCCUCGGACAAUCCCUGGAAAUCAUGGUUCGCUCAGAUGGAAUUGAGAAAUGAGAUCAGACGAGAUGUGGAGAGAACGUUUCCUGAUCUGCCUUACUUCACGACAGAGUCCGUCAGGAAAACGAUGGUCACGGUGUUGUUCAUUUGGUCGAUGAUGCACCCGGACGUAGGAUACAGGCAGGGAAUGCACGAGCUCUUGGCUGUUUGUCACCUUGUCAUUGACAAGGAUACUCUCGACCCGCCACAAAAUGGCACUCAUCAGGAUGAAGAAACUUCUCCACUCGCUACAAAGUCCGAGCAGCAGAUCCGGACCGAAGCCAUGUUCACCGUGUUGGAUCGAAGUUAUAUCGAACACGAUGCGUUUGAGCUGUUCGAAGCGCUCAUGAAAAGCUCCAAAUCGUCCUACGAGUGGAGGGCGGAGGAAGGUCCGAAGUCAACCACAUCUCCUCCGACCACCGCACCGAUCAUCCAGCGUUGUAUUCGGAUCCACUUGGAGCUACUGCGCAAGAUUGAUCCUCAACUCUGGGAGCGCCUCGAGACCGAGGGCAUCGAAGCUCAGAUCUGGGCCAUACGGUGGAUCAGAUUGAUAUUCACUCGUGAACUGCCAUUCACCACUGCUCUACGGUUAUGGGAUGGUAUCUUUGCUGAGGAUCCCUCACUGGCCAUUCUCGACUUUGUCGUUCUUGCUUUACUCCUCUUGAUACGAAACGAACUUCUCAAUGCCGACUACACUGUCCUUUUGACAACUCUCCUGCAUUAUCCCGCCCCAUCACAGACCUACACCCUAUCCCCAUUCUUGAUAAUAACGCAAGCUGUCUUUCUCCGCGAUAAUAUCACUCCAUCGGCUGGCGUAGAGAUCGUCAUGCAGAACCAAGAUGUCCUCGGCGUCAAAGCUCAGCCUCCAGAACCUGAACAACGACCUCAACAUAGACGACCCAAUCAAAGCGGCAGGUCGGUAGGACGCGGACCGCCACCGGCCCAAGCCCCACCGCUAAGAGGUGUUCAGGGCUUCACAGCGGGCUGGUUCGAAAGGGCACAAGCUGCUGGCAUCGACAGGGCUAUCCUCUCGACCGUGGCUGACUUGCGGCGUAACCUUCCUGACACCGCCACUGCAUAUUCCUACUUGCCGACCUUGCCAUUCACGCCAUCGCCCGCUAGAGAUCCAUCUGGACAAUUCUCAGCCAUUCCUACCUCGCCAAACGUCUUGCCCAGUCACAGCUCGCCCUUUGGUCCCGGCAGACUCGGACCGCACUCAGGGCAGACUGGCGUCAUCCCACCCGUACUCGGCCAAAGUGCGGUGUCUACCAAGAAGAAUGCCGAGCUGGAGCUGGCUGAACUUCGGUUAGCAAUGGUCGGAAUGGGAAAAGUCAUGUCGGAUCUCCUUUUCGCCAUCUCAAAUGGGCAGCAAGACUCUGCCAGUGCGAGUCAUGGGCUCGAACGUAUACGAGAUACGUUACUCGGCGCUGCGGGGACAGAUAUCGAAGACAUUGUCAGGGAAUGGGGCUGGCACGAGGGUCUACGUGCAAAUGGUCUGCCAAUUACAGCAGCAACGGUAUCGGCAGGUACGAUUCCUCUGGGGUUGCAGCCUGAGCCUGUACCGAGUCCAGAUGAAACAUCGGUGGUUGAGGAUUCAAUGAUCGCCGAAGAUGGUCGUGAUCGGAUGGCACUCAGACCGACGAGCUCGAGGAGCCCUAGAUUGGGCGAGUCAUCGACUCAAGCACCUACACGGCGCGUUACUCCAAUCAAGCCCGACACUGCUGUGUUACCGGGGCAUUUCAGACCGUCAUCAGAAUUGCCUAGCCGAAGUGAUCGCCCAUCGACCGGGUUGACCCGCGUCCCGAUGCCGGCACCAAGCCCUCGGCUUGGUGCUGUCUCCGUCCCUCCGAAGCCGUCUCAAGGUGUAUCCCAGUCUGCUUUCACAGCUACCGACACCGUGCCCGAGUCUUCAUCACGUGUGGCGGCAUCAUCCGGUGACCUUGGACGGGAAUCACUUCCAACAACGGGGACGACAUUGCAUGGCCGACAUCAGAGUCUUAGAAGAGCUCCUUCUUACGAUCCGUUAGGCGCGGGUUAAGUCUCAAAUCUCUCUCACCAAGCAUGCAGCCUGUGUAGCGAUACGUUUUAACCCUUAGGGAGGAAAGCCCCGUGGGUCACUUGAUUGUGGGGUCACGUGACGUUAUAUUUCUUUUGCUUCCGCCCCUUCCGGAAAGUGCUGGAAUGCGGUGGCGAAUGGUGGAUU